AUAUGAUGUGUAAAACUUUAUCGGUCUCUCUUAUUUUUUUUUUUAUUUUUUUGAGUCUCUGUAAUCCCCAUAUGCUUGGUUUAGUGGGAAAAUUAACCUAAAUUCUUGAGCUUUGAGCACACCCCAAAAUCCCACCUUCAUGUGAGUAAAUCACCCACACAACAACACCAACAAGAGUUUUAAAAUGUACAUAUUUACGCAAUGUCAGAUAAGCAAGUCUGCUGCUUUAUAGAAGCUAUUUAUUCAAUCCUUUGAUCCACUGUGCACAUGUCAUACUACAGAAACUAGGGUGAUUUUUUUUUUUUUGACUGCACUGUAAAACUAUGGAGAUUUCAUUGAUGUUGCUACUUACAAUUACUUUGUUUUGUCCUGUUCAAACAGACAAUACUUGCCAACCCAAUCAAUUCAGCUGUGGUGGUCAAAGUACCGAGUGUUUGCCUAAGAUUUGGAGGUGUGAUGGUGAAAAGGACUGUAGGAAUGGUGCAGAUGAGAAAGGCUGUGGUUUCAUGACUUGUGAUCCUCAGCAACUUCAGUGUGGCAAUGGCAAAUGUAUUCCGGAGAGCUGGAUGUGUGAUGGAACUAAUGACUGUGGUGACGACACUGAUGAACUUCCUACUGUCUGCUCUCCCCAUUGCAAAGGACCACAAUCGUUUAAGUGCAGCAGUGGUGAAUGUAUCAGCAUGGAAAAGGUUUGCGACAAGCAUCAUGACUGUAGGGAUUUGUCUGACGAGCCAUAUGAGUGUGGUUUGAACGAGUGUCUUAUAUACAACGGAGGUUGUUCUCAUUUCUGUAGGGACUUGGAGAUCGGUUAUGAGUGCGAGUGUCCCAUCGGCUUCCGUAAGGUGCACACGAGACUCUGUGAAGCCUUACCCAUAUGCCAACCGGAUGAGUUCCAAUGUGGUGACGGAUCUUGUAUCAAUGGUAGCCUCCGGUGUGACCAUAAGUAUGAUUGCAGAGAUUUAAGUGAUGAACUGGACUGUGUUAAUGCAUCCAACUGUGAAAGACCACACAUGUUUAAGUGCAGCAGUGGUGAAUGUAUCAGCAUGGAAAAGGUUUGCGACAAGCAGCAGGACUGUAGGGAUUUGUCCGACGAGCCAAUAAAAUGGUGCAAUGUGAACGAGUGUUUAAUAAACAAUGGAGGCUGCUCCCAUAUCUGUAGGGAAUUAAAGAUUGGUUAUGAGUGCGAGUGUCCCACCAACUUUCAUUUGGGGGACAAAAGACGCUGUGAAGAAGUGUCCAACUAGCUGGUGUUGGUUCUCAUGCACAUACAUCAGCAGACCAACAACACAUGGAGAUGUCCGGUCCUCCAAGACCUUGCAGUACUCUAGAUGAACUGAAUUUUGAAAAAGAAAAUGUAUACAAAGUGAUUAAAUCAGACAAUUACAAUAUAAUUAUGUGUCAAGAUCACACUGUAUAUGAAACAUGCAUUAUUUAUUUGGUAAGUAGCUGAGUAAUAAGCAGCAUAAUAUAGUCAGCAGGUUAUUAUCGCAAAUUAAACAGGUGUAAAAAGAACUCUGGAAUUAUACUUUUCCCAGCUUAAUAUGCAGAGACAAAUAUAAGUAAGCCAUCCAGAGGUCAAUUUUCUCAAAAACUCUUUAACAUUGUGUCUCUGUGGCACUAUACAAAUUCCUCUGUUUGUUUUGAGAAACCUGUCCAGCCCGACAAAACAACAUUGGCUCAAUCAAUGGCGUGAGUUGGAGCAAAUAUAUAGGGAGCCCCUUUCCCAUCUCUAACCAUGAGUGGAAGUGACACUCCCUUUUGGAGUUGGUGCAAUCCCCUUUUGGAGUAACUCCGCCCCCUUCUGGAGUAACACCACCCUCUUUUGGAGAUCCCGGCCACAUUUGGAGAUCUCGGGCUUGCAGCUAGAGCUACUUGGGAAUUCAGACCAUUCCGAUAGCUGUUUAAAAAAAUAAACACUUUUUGCAAUACUGUUUUUUUUUUGGACUAAAUGGCCAAAAACAUACUUGAUUGGAAGUAAAGAGUAUUAAUAUUAAACUAAAUGUAUUUAAAAAAGUAACUCUUUUCUUAGCUAGAAUGACAUCGAGAGAGGAGAUGUGUGAGAGAGGAUGUUGCUGCUAAUUACUUUGUCCAUUAAAUUGAUUUCGUUGAUGGAAUUAAUACAAAUGAAAAAGAUUUAAUUUGAUUAGUUAGUCCAUGAAAAAAGAAAACGAUCUGUAAAAAUGCAACGUCUAACUAAAAUUGUAAGGAGUAAAAAUAACCUUUUUUCUUUAGAAAUUUAUAAGUACAAGUAUUUGGUUUAAACUGCACUUGAAUAAAGAGCAAAUACCCCUAAAUAACAUUUAAAGGUGCACUCAGUAAGUUUUGUUUUUGUGUCAUCUUCAAUAUACACUGACACCUAGUGGCUUGUAUUCAGCAUCAUUUAAAACCAAUAGUUUUCAUUUUCAGAUGCCAUUGUAGCAAUGUACUAUUCACAGUCAGCCAUGAUAACUUUAAUCAAUGAGGGAAAGUGUCCAAUAACAGGACGGUUAAUGAGAUGAAGAGUAAUAUUUGGCUGGUCAUGUGAUUAUAACAUGGCAGCCCCCAUGUUCAUGUAGAAUAAAACAGCUUUUAUAAGGUUACUGAUAUGACUGGAGUCUUUAUUUGAAUGUGAGUGGUCAUGAUUUCCUACAUAUAUUGCAAAGUUACAAUUCAUGUCUUAAGGAGUGCACCUUUAAGUAUAGUAGCCUAAUGAAGUACUUUACACCCCUGAAAAUAAACCCCUUCAGGAUGAUGCAAGACUUUGUCUUUGGUGCUCACUCUGGUUCUGAGGAUAGAACAUGAUAAUACGUUUUUCUGAGGCAAUUUUGACUUUACAACAUAUUUUGCCUAUCAAAUGUAGCUUUACACACACUCUGUGCUUGGUCCCUAAAUAUGUGGCUAAAAUAUCUUGCCUCAGCACUAGUUGGAUCAUUCCUGUCAUCAUUUGAUAGACAACGUAUUUGAAUACAAUGAUUAAAUGCAACAAUAUCAACUUAAUUAUGUAAUAAGAUAUCUUGUAGUUACCGUCAGCUUAUAAAAAUAUGUUUUGAUGGAUAAAUUGCUCGUAUUUAUUUUAAUUCUUAUUUCUACAUGUCAACGGACUCGUUCUCACUCUAGCUAAUACAUCUAUAAAACACUAUGUACACAA